CACUACUUCCUUCCUGUUUAUAAAAUCAAAAAUAAUACCUGGCAACAGUUGUCCAAAGUAUCUUAAAAGCAGAGUAUUAGUUUAUUCCAAAUUUAUUACGUUUUAAUAUACACAUUUUAUUAUGGCUGAAGGCGGUGGAGGCUAUCGUGUUGAAAUCGCUAAAACUGGCAGAGCAGGUUGCAAGAGUAACCUUUGCGGAAGGUCAAAGAUCGAGCGAGGACAACUCAGGUUUGGCUCGUUUGUUGAUUCUGGUCGCUUUCAAAGUUGGAUGUGGAGACACUGGGGUUGUGUUACUGAACGCGUUAUUCAAAAUGUAGAAACCAAAUUGGAAGGAAAUAUUGUCGACAAUCUUGACGGUUUUGAUGAAAUAGAAGAUGAGGAGGUUCAGCAAAAAAUAAUAAGAGCUUUUAAACAGGGUCAUGUUGAUGAUGAAGACGUCCAAGCUUCACGUUCCAUGGCACCGGAAGAUGACGAGAAUGAAGAGGAAGAUACAAAAGAUAAUUUGACCACAGAGGAAGAAGAAGCACCUCUGGAAGAAGUCAAAGGAAAGCGAAAGCAUAGUCCUAAAACUUCUUCUAAAAAAGAUGAACCAAAUUCAUCAAAGAAAAACAUCAAAAAACCAAAGCUUGAGAUCGUGAGCGAUGAAGAGGAGGAAGAGAUAAAUGAUGAUGAAGAGGAAGACGAGCUUCCUCCAGAAAACGAUGAUGAAGAAGAAGAAGAAGAAGAAGAAGGAGAAUUGGAUGACGGUGACUCAAGCGUAAAGUCUCCUAAGAAAACGAUUGCUUCAGAGCGCCCAAAACGUUCAAGCAGAGCACCUGUUAAGUACGCCGAAAGUGGUGAAGAAUAUUCUGAUAGUGACUAGAGCACAUAGAUACAGCUUGUUUGCUUUCUUGAAAAAACUUUUAAUAAACUUUUAUGUCUGUUUGUUUCUAACUGAUGUUAUCAA